UGCCAGCCUGCGCCCUGCGUGUUGUACAAAUGUCGCUCUGCCAACAGAUAGAUCGGUCGAAUGUUUUCGUUUCGGGCGUUCAGCGUCAGUGAGUCUCGCAUGCCAGAAUUGCCAGGUCUCGUACGCGUUUUCUCGAGUAACAUCAACGCGAAUGAUACGCACGCCUGACUUCUCGUCGCAUCAUGUACAUCAAGCAGGUGAUCAUUCAAGGAUUCAAGUCGUAUCGCGAGCAGACGGUUGUCGAGCCUUUCGACCCAAGGCACAAUGUAGUGGUUGGCAGAAACGGAUCUGGCAAGAGUAACUUCUUUUACGCCAUUCAAUUUGUCCUGAGCGAUGAGUUCUCUCAUCUCAGGCCGGAGCAGAGGCAGGCGCUGCUCCACGAAGGGACGGGACCUCGUGUUAUAUCUGCCCACGUAGAAAUCAUAUUUGAUAAUUCUGAUGGGAGAUUACCGAUCGAUAAAGAUGAAGUUUAUUUAAGAAGAGUAAUCGGCUCUAAGAAGGACCAAUAUUUUCUCAACAAAAAGAUUGUGACAAGGAACGACGUGAUGAAUUUGUUGGAGUCAGCAGGAUUUUCUAGGUCCAAUCCAUAUUACAUUGUGAAGCAAGGAAAGAUAAACCAAAUGGCAACAGCACCAGAUUCGCAUAGAUUAAAGUUAUUGAGAGAGGUAGCGGGUACUAGAGUAUAUGAUGACAGGAGAGAAGAGUCAAAGUCCAUUUUGAAAGAAACAGAAGGGAAGCUGGAGAAAAUCGAGGAUUUUCUGCGAACAAUAGAGGAGCGUUUGAAAACACUCGAGGAGGAGAAGGAGGAACUGAAAGAAUAUCAACGUUGGGACAAACAGCGUCGUUGUUUAGAAUAUACGAUCCACGAGCGCGAACUCAAAGAAAAUAAAAGGAAAUUGGAAGACCUCGAGGAGUCUAGGGCGAAUAGCGGAGCCGAGCAGGCGAGAUUGGGCGCGGAAGCAAAAACCGCUCAAGAGAUGGUACGUGCAGCUACGAAGAGGCUAAAGGAAGCGAAGAAAGAAGUGCAGACUGCCAAGGAGGAAAGGGACACUCUUAGUGCGGAGCAGCAGCAGUUACUAAAGGAGAAGAAUAAGUUAACUUUUACCAUUAACGACUUGCUCGAGGAGGUCAAAGGCGAUAACGACAGCAAGAAACGUGCUCAGCAAGAGUUGGAAAAGUUGAAGGCUAAUAUCUCUGUUCGGGAAGAAGAGUUGAAGUCACUUAAACCAGAGUAUGAAAGAAUGAAACGUGUUGAGGAGGAGUGUACGCGAGAGUUGCAAUUAAAAGAGCAGAAACGUAAGGAAUUGUAUGCUAAACAAGGUCGUGGCAGUCAAUUUACCACCAAGGAUGAAAGGGACAAGUGGAUACAAAAUGAACUUAAACAGCUUACGAAGCAGAUAAAGGAUAAAGAAGAUCAUCAGAAGAAGAUCAGCGAGGAUUUGAAGCGUGAUGCGGAGAAACAGGUUGCCUUGGAGAAGAAAAUCGGAGACCACACGCGCGAGAUGGAACGGCAACGUGCGUCGAUAGACGACCAUAACAAGCAAUAUUACGAGCUCACGAAAUCGAAGGAUCAGUGUCAAGCAACUCGAAAAGAACAAUAUCGGCAGGAGAGUGUAAUGCAAUUAAAUCUGUCUGGUCUAAAGGAAGAUUUAGCGAAAGCGGAUCAAAGUCUAAGAUCCAUGGCUGGCAAACCUAUUUUAAAUGGCAGAGACAGCGUGCGUAAAGUGCUAGACACUUUCCGUGGACGAAAAGAUAUGGCUAACGAAGUUGGCAACUACUAUGGGCCUGUAAUUGAAAAUUUCAACUGUGACAAGAGCGUCUAUAUGGCUGUUGAAGUGACUGCUGGAAAUCGAUUGUUCCAUCACAUUGUGGAGACCGAUAAGUUUGGCACGAAAAUUUUAAAAGAGAUGAACAAUCAACGGCUGCCUGGAGAAGUAACUUUCAUGCCGCUAAAUAGACUUCACGUAAAGGAUAUCGAUUAUCCGCAGACCUCUGAUGCUAUACCCAUGAUAUCCAAGUUGAAUUACGAUCCCAAAUUUGACAAGGCGUUAAGAUAUAUAUUUGGAAAGACUUUGAUCUGUCGUAAUUUGGAGGCUGCAACGACUCUGGCGCGAGAUUCCGGCUUAGAUUGCGUUACGUUAGAAGGAGACCAGGUUUCAUCCAAGGGCUCUUUAACUGGCGGCUAUUUCAAUACACUCAGGUCACGGCUUGAGAUACAGAAAACAAGAUCGGAAUUAAUGUCGCAGAUCUCUACUCUCGAGACCCAAUUGACGACGCUUAAGGAGGAAAUCAGAAAGGCGGAUCAAAAUAUUAGUUCUUACGUUAGCGAAAUGCAGAGGACUGAGACCAGAAAUAGUAAAGCUAAAGAUAUAUAUGACAAAAUGAAAGCAGAGAUACGUCAUAUGAAGGAAGAGUUGAGUGCUAUAGAAAGGUACCGGACACCGAAAGAGAGGAGUCUUGCACAAUGCACAUCAAGUUUGGAAGCUAUGCGCGCUACUAAGGACGGCCUGGAGAGUGAAUUACAUCAAGAACUUAUGGCGCAAUUAUCCGUUGCGGAUCAGCAUCAGGUCGAUACUUUGAACGACGAUAUAAGACGCUUAACGAAGGAAAACAAAGAAGCUUUCGCGAAACGAAUGCAGUUAGAAGCGGAGAAGAAUAAGUUAGAGAACUUGUUGACAAACAACUUAGUGAGAAGAAAGGAUGAGCUGGUUCAAGCUUUACAAGAGAUAUCGGUCGAAGAUCGACAGCGGCAGCUCGACUCGUCAAAGAUGCAGUUGGCGGAUAUUGAAAAGAGAUUAGUGAAAGUAAACGAGGACUUUAAAUCGCAAAAUGAAAAAGUGACCAACGCCAUGAAGAAACAAAAAUCGGAGUCCUCUGAAGUUGAGAAGUGGAAAUUGAAAGAAAAAGAAGCGCAAGAGAAAAUUGAAGCGGACGCGAAAGACUUGGAAAAAUUAGCGAGCAAGUUAAACAUCCUGCAGCAGAAAAUAGUGGAGUGUACACAGAAAAUUACCGAACUUGGCGCGUUGCCUAGUCACGAAGCUUAUUCCAAGUUUAGUACAAUGUCCACGAAACAGCUUUUUAAGGAAAUGGAAAAGGCGAAUAAUCAUUUGAAAAAAUACAGCCAUGUGAAUAAAAAGGCUUUGGAUCAGUUCAUGUCCUUCAGCGACCAGAAAGAAAGAUUAGUGAAACGGAAAGAGGAGUUGGACCGAGGCGACGAGAAGAUAAAAGAACUCAUGUCAGUACUCGAACAACGCAAAUGCGAAGCGAUACAAUUUACUUUUAAACAAGUAAGCAAGUAUUUCAGUGAAGUAUUCAAAAAGCUUGUACCUUCGGGGCAUGCACAAUUAGUCAUGAGGACUGCGGACGGCGAUGAAGGGGAUGACGGAACAGCGGAGCCGUCAGAUUCUGAUAGAUUUAUCGGCGUUGGCAUAAAGGUAUCAUUCACGGGACACAGAGGCGAAAUGCGAGAGAUGAACCAAUUAUCCGGUGGACAAAAGUCACUCGUGGCAUUGGCCCUGAUAUUCGCGAUACAAAAGUGCGAUCCAGCACCGUUUUAUCUAUUCGACGAAAUCGAUCAGGCGCUAGAUGCACAACACAGGAAGGCAGUGGCGGACAUGAUCCAUGAGCUUAGUUCUGACGCCCAGUUCAUCACCACGACGUUCAGACCGGAAUUACUGCACCAUGCGAAUAAAUUCUAUGGAGUGAAGUUCAGGAAUAAAGUUUCGCAUGUCGAAUGCGUGACGCGGGAAGAAGCGGCCGAUUUCGUUGAGGACGACACAACGCACGGUUGAAACAAGAAUUGUUUAUUUAUAAAGUCUACAAUCAAGAAAAUUUGUAUUUUUUUUUUUUCGUGUAUCCAGGAGAUAACCCACGCAUACAAAUGGAUCAACUUUACUACAAUCUCCAACCAGAUUUUCAUGUUGACAGCUUUUUUUGAAACAUUUUAUGUACAAAGUAAUCUCACGCAAAAGAAAAGAAAAAAAAUUAAUUUUUUUAAUUCAAUGUACAUCUGAAUUUUUUGCUAGAUCAUUAUAGCAUGGAACAUGAGUCAUGUCACGAAUUUGAGCAAAGGAAAAAACACAUGAUCUUUGAUAAUUUAAUAUUUUAUUUGUGUGCAACAGAUUACAUGUUAUGAAACAUGACAAAAUAUGAUAAUUGAAAUUUGGUAUAUAUAUGAACUGUUUUUUUAUAUUAUAAACUUUAUAGGAAAAUAAAUGAGGACUAUGAUAAGAAA